GGGUGUUACUUGCUGAAUGACACAUUGAGUCAGAACUGGUUGCACGGCCUUACGGCGGAAAGGAGACAAUGCUCACGACACCAUGCAACAAAACCGUCAGGAUAAGCAAGAUCAGGACCCUGUGUCAGAGGUGGAGGAGGAGAAGCGGGAGGAGCGGGAGGAGGAGCGGGAGAAGGAGCGGGAGGAGGAACGGGGAAAAGAGCAGGAGAAGCAGCGGGGGAAGGAGAGGGAGGAUAAGAGGGAGGAGCACGAGAAGGAGCGGGAGUGGGGCUAUGGCAGGAUCUUUGUCACAUUCUUUGGCGAAGGAGGAGCGGGAGGGGGAGGAGGAGGAGGAGGAGGGGAGGAGGAGAAGGAGGAGUGGGAGGAUCGGGAGAAGGAGCGGGAGGAGAAGUGGGAGAAGGAGCGGGAGCGGGGCUAUGGCGCGGGAAGAGGAGCGGAUAAGGAGGGGGAGGAGGAACGGGGGGAAGAGCAGGAGAAGCAGCGGGAGAAGGAGGAGCAGCAGGAGGAGCGGGAGGAGCAGCAAGAGGGGGAUCAGGAGAAGGAGAGGGAGGAGGAGAGGUAUGAGGAGAGGGAGGAGGAGUGGGAGAAGGAGCGGGAGCGGGGCUAUGGCAGUAUCUUUGUCACGUUGUUUGGCGGAGGAGUGGGGGAGGAAUGGGAGGAGCAGGAGAAGGAGCGGGAGCAUGAGUGGGAGAAAGAGCGGGAGAAGGAGUGGGAGGGGAAACGGGAAGGGGCGGAGGAGGCGCGGGAGGAGGAGCGGGAGGAGGAGCGGGAGGAGGAGUGGGAGGAGGAGCGACAGGGGAAACGGGGAGGGGGUCAGGAGCGGAAGGAGUGUGAGGGGAAACGGGAACGGGCGGAGGAGGCGCAGGAGGAAGAGCGGGAGAAGGAGCGGAAGAGUUGAAAGGGGGGGAAGGGGUCGACAUUGAUUGAUUGAUCGAUCCGAAAAAAGAAAAAAAAAAGAUCGCCCCGUUCUCUUUUUUUGUUUUUGUUUUUCAAUCAAUCAAAUCAACCAUG